AUGCUUAAUGGUGUUAAACACUUUUUAUCUAGCUUUCUGAAACAAUUCUGAAUUUUCUUAAAACCUGAAUUCUAAAUUUUCUGUAAUAUUUCAAUCCAUUAAUAGCUUAUACAUUUCAGAAUAAGAAUGUAGAUAUUAUCAAAUAAUUAUUGGUUUCAAACCUGGAAUCCAGAGAAUGUGUGAACUGUGUUAAUUGCCUCUCUCCACUACUGCUGCAAUUAUGUGAAGACGAAAUCCGCAGAAAUGUAUUCCUGUGCUGAUUGCGAGUUUUCCAGUAAAACUUUGACGGAUUACAUGGAACAUGCUGGUGAUCAUACUGAUGAUCGGGAAUAUACUUCUGUCGGCGAUAAGAUGGUGGACUUCCAUCAGAAGAUUUUGCAAAAUCAGUUUAGUUGUGAGCUGUGUAUAUUCAAAACAGCAAGUACAAAGAGUAUGCGCCGGCAUAAAUUAAACGUGCAUCAAGGCUGCAAAUAUUCUUGUGAUGCGUGUGAUUUUCAGGCGUCGGAUAGAAGUAGUUUAAACAGACACAAGAAGAAUAUUCAUGAAGGUAUCCGUCAUCCGUGUAAUGUUUGCUCCUAUUCAGCCUCGGAUAAGAGUACAUUAAACAGACACAUCAUGAACAUUCAUCAGAAGAUCAAAUACUCCUGUAACCAAUGUAAUCAUACUGUCUCCGACAUGAGCUCUCUGAGAAGACAUGUUAAGUCAAAACAUCUCGGAAUAACGUAUUCUUGUGAGUUGUGUGACUUUAUUUGUUCUGAUCAGAGUACUCUAAGAAAACACAAAAAUAGGAAACAUGCGUUGAAGAGUGAGACAUAUGCAUGUAAUCUUUGUGAAUAUACUGCUUCCCAAUCUUGUGAUUUAUCAAGACACAUGAAGAGGUGCCAUCUAGGAACAACAUUUUCUUGUAGUCUCUGUGAAUAUUUCUCCGCCCGGCAGAGCGAUGUAAAAAGGCAUGAGAAGAGUGUUCAUCUGGGCGUGAAAUAUGCGUGUGAUAUUUGCGAGUAUUCUGCUUCGGACAGAAGUACAUUGACAAGACACAAGAAGAGUAUUCACGACGGUGUAAGAUAUUCUUGUGUGGAGUGCAACUAUUCCUCUUCCGAUCAAAGUGCUUUAAG